GGAGCUCGGUUUUCCAGUGUAGAAAAAACUGAAGCUUCAAAGGUAUGGAGGAUGCUUCAAAUUCAAAAGGAGGCCAGGAAGAUAUAAUAAACAAAGAAGCGCCUCAGCUUGUGGCUGUGUUGAAGGAAAUGAAGGAAGGAUUAGAUGUAGUUGAUUUCAAAGUCAAGGCUUUAAUUGCCAAGGUGAAAGAAAAUCAGUAUCCUACAUCCCAAGGGUUUCACUAUCUUGAAGCCAAGAAUAUGCUGCUUCUGCACUAUUGCCUGUCACUUGUCUAUUACUUUCUUCGCAAGGCUGAAGGGCUCUUAAUCAGUGGACAUCCGGUUGUUCAGAGCCUCGUUGAGACAAGGUUGUUUCUGGAAAAGAUUCGACCUAUUGACAAGAAGAUGCAGUACCAAAUUGAGAAGCUGACCAAGGUUACAGCGUGCACAACUGAGAAUGCACAGCUAAGUGAGAAGCAAUCACAAUCAAAUAACACUAAAGAUUUGUUGAGUUAUCGCCCAAACCCUGAUAUGAUUCCUAGCAAAAUAGACACAACUUCUGAGGAUCAUGGCAAGUAUAUACCACCCAAAAUUGCACCAACUUCAAUGGAGAAAGAUAAGUCAUCAAGAUUCGAAAGAAAUGCACUGAGAAAGGAAGAGAACACCAUACGACAAUCUAAGCAUAGUCGUUAUGUUAAAGACAUGGUUGAUGAUUUCGAAGGGAGACCUGAAGAGAUUGUGGAUGGUUAUGGACCUCAAAGUUAUGAAGCAGAAAGAUUUAAGGCAAAGCUGGAUGAGCGUGCACGGCAAGAAGAGGAGCUCUUUACUCGUGCUCCUAUUACAAAGGAGGAGAAAAGGAAGGCAAAACACUUAUUAAAGUCGAGUAAUGGGUUGCUUGGUUUGACCGAAAAUUUCUUUGACGAAAUUAAAAGUCUACCAUUGGAUGAGGGGAAUGAUGAGAUGUCAAGUUUUAGUAACGCUAGAGAUGGAAGAGGUGGAAGAAGCGGAAGAGGUGGAAUGAGGGGCCAUAAGAAGCGCAAGAUGAGGCGUUGAAGGACAAACUUAUGCAGCUUCGUAACUCAUUUGCCUUGGUUUACCUCAAACAAGCUUCAUACAUGGAGUGGAACGACUAUCCAUUUAGUGAUUAGAAUUAGUUUUGUUGUAAUCUUGCAAUAUGGGUACCAACACAGUUUUGACGAAUUGGUUUAACACAGCGUAUUUAUUCCCCCUUCAUUGUUUUUGACAUUUUACUGCAC